AUGUCCGUUCGCGCAACAACAUUAACGGCUCAAUUUAGUUUUUCCAAGUUUUAAAAUAAAAAUUAAGCGCUUCAAAUGGCUACAGCAUACAAAAUGUGCCGGCUCUGCAUGGGCCGAUCGAAUCUCAACCACACCGUGCUGGAGGAACAAUUUCUCCAGAAGAUUGCCAUCUGCGUUAGUUUGCUUAUCAAUCCAGAGGACAAGUCACUCCCCCUGGACAUGUGUGUCCUGUGUGCACUCAAGGUGAAAGAUUUCUACGAAUUUCGACAAAACUGUUUAGAGGUGCAGCGAUUGCUAGAGCAAAACCGCUCCACCGUCGAGGAACAGCCUGAACAGGUUCCGGUAAUAGUCCAUAAGCAGGAACCGUUACCGGAACCAGACGUGCAGGAAGGUGAUGAUGACCCUGAAGCAGAGCCAACUGCCGCCAGCGUCUCACAAGAACCAGACAUUGUCGAAGAACACUUUGACGAACAAAUUGGAGAUUCUCUGGUUGAUGUGGAAGAAGUGGCGCAAGAUCAAAUAACUUUGGAAGUUCCCGAAGAAGUUGAGCUGGAUGAAGAACCUAAAUACGAGAUAAUCGAGUCCGACUACGAGCUUAUUGCGGACGAACAGAUGGAAAGCUUUCAUGACGACGAGGAGGACGAGGAAGAAGAAGAAGAAGCGGUCAUCGAAUACCUCAGCUAUGACGAAUCCACGCAGGACCACUCUGAACUAGGAGACGCUCCCAUCGACAUCAAGCCAGUCUCAGUGGUUGUCGUUCACCGUGAGAAAAGAAAGCAGACCAUCUCGCGGAAGGACCGUGACGAGAAGGAAAUCUACCGCUCCCUGCUGCUGGAGUGCGAAAUCUGCGGCAAGUCGGUGGAGCGAAACCGGAUGGAAGGGCACCGCAAUCGGCACGAGGGCCUGCGACCGUACAAGUGUCCCGCGUUGGAUUGUGGCGCCGAGUUUCACUGUAAAAUCUCGCUUCGGCUGCACUACAACAAUCGCCACAGCACGGAUGAGUUUGCGUGCGACUUGUGCUCGAAGGUCUACAACUCCCGGAAAACGCUCUAUCAUCACAAGCGGGAAACGCACGCCGAGAAGCAAUUCAAGUGUGAGCAGUGCGGUCUGCAGUUUGUCUCAAAUGCCCGGUUGAAUCGACACAAGAUAACCCACACGGACUUGCGGGAGUUCAAGUGUCCGCACUGUCCGAAGGAGUUUCACCGAAGCAAUAAUUUGAAGGUACAUCUGCGGAGUCACACCAAGGAAAAACCAUUCGAAUGUUCGCUGUGCGAUAAAGCGUUCGGAUACCAGCGGCUGUUGCGGAGCCACGUUGAACGGAAGCAUGCCGACGCGUAGGUUACAAACAUUAGCUUAACAAAAAGAUAAUUGUAAUAAACGGUUUUAAACUUUCAAAAUA